AUGGAUUCCAAAGAAUUGCUUAACUCGUCGGAUCAAGACGACACAAGGAAAAAUGUGCUCAUCAGUACCAAAGGAGGGAUCGUGAUGGACUUUCAUCCACCCUUCAGGGGUGGAGCUACUGUACAAGCCCCUGUGUCUACAUCUCCGCUCCCUGCGUCUUCUCAGUCAGACUCCAAUCAGCAACCUGCUUUGGCUGACUUCUCGAAAGGAUUAGUAAACAAUGUGCCUCAGCCAGACCUUUCCAAGGCAGUAUCGCUCUCGAUGGGACUGUACAUGGGUGAAACAGACGCAAAAGUGAUGGGAAAUGACCUUGGAUUUUCGCAGCAGGGCCAAAUCGGCGUCUCUACUGGAGAAACGGACUUCAGGCUCCUGGAAGAAAGCAUUGCGAGCUUGAACAAGUCCUCGAGCCUGGCCGAGGACGCAAAGGGAGCAAUAUCUUCUGAGGUGCCGCUUGAGCCGGAUUUCCCAGGCAUGGCUGGCCGCAACGCCCCUUUAGAGUCAGGAACUGCAGUCCAAAGCCAGGUUGGCUCAAAUGGUGGCAACUUGAAAUUAUUCUCUGAAGACCAAAGCACCCUGGAUAUUCUCCAGGAUUUAGAAUUGCCACCGGUAUCGCCUGGCAAAGAGCCCAAUGGCAGCCCGUGGAGGCUCGACCCGUUGCUAGAUGACGGUGGCUUGCUGUCCCCUAUAUCUGCAGAUGAUGCAUUUCUCCUGGAAGGAAAUCUCGGUGAAGACUGCAAGCCUCCUAUUUUAUCUGACACUAAACCUAAAAUUAAUGACCGUGGUGACCUUUUACCCAGUUCCAAAAUGCCGAUGCCUCAAGUGAAAACAGAAAAGGAAGACUUCAUUGAACUCUGUACUCCUGGCAUAAAGCAAGAAAACAUGGGCCCAAUUUACUGUCAGGCAAACUUCUCUGGGUCUAACCUGCUGGGUACUAAAGUCUCUGCCAUAUCUAUCCAUGGUGUCAGCACCUCUGGGGGACAGAUGUAUCACUAUGAUUUAAAUACUGCAUCGCUCUCUCAGCAGCAAGAUCAGAAACCAAUUUUUAAUAUCAUUCCAUCUCUUCCUGCCAGUUCAGAAAAUUGGAAUAGGUGCCAGGGAUCAGGGGAUGAGACGUUAGCUCCUUUGGGGACGCUCAACCUUUCUGGCAGAGCUGGCUUCUCUAAUGGCUAUUCAAGCCCUGGAAUGAGAUCAGAUGUAAGCUCCUCUCCCUCCACAGCCUCAGCAACAACGGGACCACCUCCCAAGCUUUGUCUGGUUUGCUCUGAUGAGGCCUCUGGGUGCCAUUACGGUGUUCUUACUUGUGGCAGCUGCAAAGUGUUCUUCAAAAGAGCCGUGGAAGGGCAGCACAACUAUCUGUGUGCUGGGAGAAACGAUUGCAUCAUUGACAAAAUUCGGAGGAAAAACUGUCCAGCGUGCCGCUACCGGAAAUGUCUUCAAGCUGGCAUGAACCUCGAAGCUCGAAAAACAAAGAAGAAGAUAAAAGGAAUUCAGCAGACUGGCGUAGCGGGAACGCGGGAUGCUUCCGAAGCGGCUGGAAACAAGAGCAUCGUUCCUGCGUCGCUGCCGCAGCUGACCCCCACGCUGGUGUCGCUGCUGGAGGUGAUCGAGCCGGAGGUGCUGUACUCGGGCUACGACAGCACGCUGCCCGACUCCAGCUGGCGCAUCCUCUCCACGCUCAACAUGUUGGGAGGACGGCAAGUAGUGGCUGCAGUGAAGUGGGCAAAGGCAAUACCAGGUUUCCGAAAUUUACAUCUGGAUGACCAAAUGACCCUACUGCAGUACUCCUGGAUGUUCCUAAUGGCUUUUGCUUUAGGAUGGAGAUCAUACAAACAGUCAAAUGGAAAUCUCCUGUGCUUUGCUCCAGACCUGAUCAUUAACGAGCAGAGAAUGAAUCUCCCAUGUAUGUAUGAACAAUGCAAACAUAUGCUUAUGGUUGCCCGAGAGCUCUCACGGCUUCAAGUCUCCUAUGAAGAGUAUCUCUGCAUGAAAACCUUGCUUCUCCUCUCUACAAGUAGUAAAAUUCUGUCGUCUCUACUGCCUGAAAGGUCAGAGUACAGUGUCAGAAUAGUGCUGUCAGAAUAUACAGAA